AUGUCAGCGUCGGGGGAACCCUCAGACGAAACGUCGAGAGCAACCUUACCUGGUGGUGGUGCAACGCGGAGCCCUAUGAGCCCCAAAAGCGUUCUGAACCACUUGGCUGGAGGAGAGCGUGCGUCAGAUCUCGUGCGGGUCAUUACAGCGGACGAUAUUCGUUCCUGGAAGGCACAGGGUGCCGUUCGCAAGUUUCGCCGCGCAGCAGCGCAACGCGUCUACUCAAACCGCGACGUGAACUUGGACCACAUUACACACAUCGGCUUCGAUAUGGACUAUACGCUCGCAGCGUACCUGCGACCUGCAUUUGAUCAGCUCCAGUACAACCUUAUAUGUCGCGAACUGGUCGAGCAGUUUUGUUACCCAGAGUGCAUCUUGGAAUGGCGUUUUGACGAGGGUUUUCUCAUUCGGGGUCUUUUGGUGGAUGCUCUUCGUGGAAACUUUGUCAAGUGCGAUGCUUACGGUGUCAUUCUGCGCGCCGUUCACGGUCGCCGACGCUUAACCGCGGAACAAGUCGAUGCUGCCUAUCCAGCGGGAAACAUCGCUUCUGCUCAGGUCGGGGAGGAGUUCCAGAGCAUGGACACGCUGUACCAUCUGCCGAUCGCCAACCUGUACGCUGAUCUCGUGGAGUACUUCGAUCAGUCCGCAGAGGAAUCUGCAGAAGGUGCUCGUUUCGGUGAUGGUGACCACGGCCGCCUGAGCUUUUUCAACUUAUGGCAGGAUGUUCGAGCUGCAGCGGAUCGAAUCCACGACCACGGCAUCCUGAAAAACGAGACCCUUGCCCGGCUCGCAGACUAUCUACCAAACGAUGAUGCUAUCCAUCGAAUGUUGCGUUUGCUUAGACAUGCCGGGAAACAGCUGUUCCUGCUCACGAAUUCCGAAUACUGGUACACGGAUGCAGUGCUCAGGUUCAUACUAGGGCGGUUUGCGAACGGGGCGGAACCCAACGCCGGCUGGCGAGAAGCGUUCGACUUUUGCAUCGUGGGGGCUCAAAAGCCGCUCUUCUUUCGUUCGGGUACAGCUCUGCGGGAAAUCGACACCAAAAGCGGAAGGUCCAUGUUAUACGAGGUGCGCACUGACCAACUGAGUGCUCGGCCGCUGCGGGGUAGAGUCUUCAAAGGUGGAUCCAUUAGCGCCUUUCACGAGCUCGCAGGAAUCUCUCGAGGAAGCACUGUUCUCUACGUCGGUGACCACAUCUACGCAGACGUCUUGGUCGCGCGGAAGACGCAUCACUGGCGUACGUUGCUGGUUGUCCCCGAACUCAGUGCAGAGAUCGGUGCUCUGGCUCGAGCGCGAGGGCUUCUCGACCGACUGGGCGCUUUGGAGUUUUUGCGAGCGGAGAUGUUUCGGGGCUUGGAUGCCUCCGCUCGCCAACGACCCGAUGAAGAAGGAAUCCUGCAGGCUGAGCUCCAAAAGGUCCGAGAGUCCAUUGAGGAUGCUUUUAAUCCGCACUUUGGUGGUUUGUUUCGAUCGGCACAUCGAACGACGCUCUUCGCGCACCAGGUCAGCUUCUUCGCCGAUCUCUACACGGAGCGGUGCUCUAAUCUCGCCGACUAUCCUGGCUUCUACUACUUCAGCUCGGCAGUAAGUCCUCGAAUGCCACACGAGGACCAGCCAUACUUUGAACACGAAGCUCAGUGCUAA